AUGAACACAUUACAGCACUACGCAUCUAGUCUAGUGUCUAUUGGGCAUGUGACCUCAUAUGAGGUCACUUUUCAACUUGUUUUUUCUCGACUUGUGCCAUCUCAACAAGAAGGAAAAAGAUACUCUUGCCACCGCAGUUCACUUUUGCGUUGCGGAAGAGUAGAGUUUGGUGAGAUCUGCACGUCUUCUCCAGCCAUUUUUAGAAUGUCUACAAAAGAAGCCUUUUUGACCAAUCUCAAAACGUUAUGUGUUGAUAUCUUCGAAACCAAAACGCCUGUUUACAAUGUUAACAGACCAUUGAAACUUCAUUAGAUUCUUAGUCUUUCUGUGUAUUCACAACUGCUCUCCCAAUGUUUUGUAAGAUGUUAUUGCCGAGGGAAUAAACGUUAAAGAAAUGGCGUCCAAACUGACUUUAUAAAAUUUCGAUUUAAUA